AUGUCCUAUACCAGUCCCAACCACGAUGAGAUCUCCGAUUUGUAUGAGGAAUACAUGAAGAACAUCGAUGCUCUUGGAGUGGCCGAUAGUUCAACAGAUUACGUAAUUGCCAACGGUAAUGCCGAUGAAGACUUGAACAGCUAUGAAUCCCAAGAGUCUCUGCCAUCUUCUUCUCCGGGUUCUCCGAUCAUCUCAGCAUCCCCGUACUGUUUACCUGCCAGGACAACAUCUGCUCGCCAAUGGGAAGAACGGGGUGCCGCCAAAAUUGUGACAAGAGAGACGGAUUCAGAAGGUCAUGUGGUGACCAAAGUUCUUCGCAAAAGCGCUAAAGAUUUUGAAAUGAGCACGGAGUUAGGAGAAGGUUCUUAUUCAACGGUAGUUUUGGGCAAGGAUAUCAGUAGCGGAACUGUCUAUGCUAUUAAGAUUCUUGAUAAGCGUCACAUAAUAAAAGAGAAGAAAGUGAAGUACGUGAAUAUAGAGAAGAAUGCUUUAAACCGCCUCAACAAGGGUCGUGGCAUUGCGCAUCUGUACUAUACUUUCCAGGAUGAGAGAUCGUUGUACUUCGUGCUUGAAUAUGCCCCUCAUGGUGAACUUCUAGCACUCAUCAAAAAAUACGGAUCACUCACUAUGGAUACAGCACAUUAUUAUUCUGCCCAACUGAUCGACGCCAUAGAUUACAUGCACUCACAUGGAGUGGUUCACAGAGAUAUCAAGCCUGAAAAUGUGCUAAUAGGUGAGGAUUAUCAUAUACUGGUAACUGAUUUUGGUACCGCUAAGCUGCUUGACCGUAGCGAGGAAGAUGGAACUUUUCCUUCAGAGGUUAAGGCUUCGUCCUUCGUUGGUACGGCUGAAUACGUGUCUCCUGAACUUCUUAACGAUAAAUUCUGUGGUAUGCCUGCUGAUAUAUGGGCAUUUGGUUGUAUCGUAUAUCAAAUGAUUGCUGGAAAACCUCCAUUUAAGGCUGGAAACGAGUAUCAGACCUUUCAAAAGGUAAUCAAAGUGCAAUAUGCUUUUAGUGCAGGAUUCCCAGCUGUGAUUCGGGAUCUGGUCAAACAGAUUCUUGUCAAAAAGCCCUCUGAUCGCCUUACUGUUGAGGAGGUGAAGAACCAUUAUUGGUUUAGAGACGUCAAUUGGAAAGAGGGAUCUGUAUGGAACACAGGCCCUCCCUCUCCUUUGGGCCCUUAUAAAUUUAACGCCAAAGUCAUGAUGCCAGUUCCGGAGCUUGGCAAACCAAAAAGGGGUGGACCUAGAAUUAUAUCAAUGGGAACCAGUCCUCAACCAUCCCGCCAGAGAUCAAAGGCUGUAUCACAGUCACAGCCACAGUCACACUCACAACGGCAUGUUAGUGUGGGUAAUGGUAUGACGGAAAUGCCGCAUGCGCGUCCUCAAAGCGCUCCUCUUGCUGCCCAGGUGGCACUUGCAGGUGCGACAAAGGUCUCAAUCACUCCGACGAUAAAUUCGGCACCUUCUACUCCUUCUAUUCAAUCUAUUCCUUCUGCAAAGCAUCGGUCUGCGUCUUCUCCGGGCUUUACGGAUCUGAUUCCUGGCACUAACAUUCCUCGCCCCAUACUCAAUACCAGGGUGAGUCGUUCAAAAUCAUCACCACGGACGUUUGGAUCUGCCAAAUUCUCCACUAAUGGCGAGUUACCUCCAAUGUCGAGUUUAGAUCUCAAUUGGGUAGAGUUCUUCCGUCAUCCUGACGAGAGGAUCAUUAAGGCUGGAAUAGUAGACGUGUCAAAGUAUUCUACCGCCGACUUUGAAAAGAAAUACAAAGGGAUGUUGGCCGAGUCCCCUCUAGGAUAUCGAAGUCAAGACCUUCUGGAAAAUACGCAAAUCAACAGCUCUGCAGAUGCUAUCAAGUUUUCUAAUGAACAAGAAGUAGAUGAGAAGGCUGCGGAAGAAGCGAAAGACACAGACCAUCAUCAGUCGAGGUUCCGCAGCUUCUUUUCGUACAAGGGUUCUUCUGUGAAUGAACCAUCAUUUGACAGCAGAGUUCUACUUACAACUACUAUGGGGAGGGCGCUACUAUUCAUCCAGAAUCAUGAUAGGAAGGAACAUAAAUACCAGAAAAGUGCAGAGAUUGACCUUACAGACCCUAAUGUGCAUUUUGUUGAAGUCAUUGGCGAUCGUAGACCGAAAACCGGCUUAUCUACGCUACGCACAGGUACAUUCGCCAUUGUUUCAUCUUCGGUCACUUUAGUAUUUGAAGUGGAGAGACAGGAGGUGGGAAUUUGGACGGCUUCGCUAGCAAAUGCCCGGAUCACGAGGCGAGAGCGGAUAUUGAGAGAUAUACUGGCAAUGGAUCCACCCGCAGGUGCAGGUACUAAUACUGGGGGUGAAGCGGCAUUUAUGGCGGCCAGUGUAGCAGCAUCAAAGUCACCUACUCUCAGGCCUAGUCACAAAAAGGGUCGCAAACCUCCUCCUCCAUUUCCUCACAUGGCGUUCUCGGAUGGUGACAUCCACGGGAAACAAAUAUUAUCGAAUAAUACGCCGAUGAUCUCAGCUGCUGUCAGUAAAGCCAUCUCAUCGUCAUCGUCAUCUACAUUCUAUUUGAUUCCUACAGCUACGUCAAGUACCGCUAUAACGAGUACUCGGCCAAUUACAAGUUCGAACUCUAGGAUGCUUUCGAGAUCAAGAAACAAAUGA